AUGAGCGUCGAGAAACGAAGACUCGUGGAGGAGCUGCACGCCCCGGCGCGGAAGAACUUUCCACGACGACGUGUUACAGUACGAGGAUACGACGAUCUGUGGCAGGCUGAUGUGGAAAUGCGACCGUACUCGCGAUUCAAUAAGAGUCACAACUACAUACUGACAGUCAUCGAUGUGUUAAGCAAAUACGCGUGGGCUUUGCCGCUCAAGAGCAAGGGUGGAAAGGAAGUGGCCGCGACCCUCUCUAAACUGUUUCGCGAGAGCACGCGAUGUCCGAAAAAUUUACAAACGGACAAGGAGAAGGAGUUCUACAACGCUGACGUACGAGAAGUGUUACAAAAACGUCGCAUCAACCAUUACUCUACGUAUUCGGUGAUGAAGGCCUCGAGGUACAAUCGUCGCAUACAUCGAACGAUCCGUAUGCGACCUGUAGACGUGACACCUGAGGCUGCUGAGAGACUCCUGUCAACGGUGUACAGUCGAACGAAGAUAGCCGCUUCAGGAAGAUUCAAGAUCGAUGACGCGGUACAGUGGGGAGCAAUGAGUGUCGCAACCUCAUUGCUCCCGACUGUACGCGUGAGCAAAUUCAAAACGAUAUUCGAAAAAGGCUACACACCCAACUGGACUACAGAAAUAUUUCGCAUCGCCAAAGUACAACAGACUAAUCCUGUGACGUAUCUAUUGAAAGAUUAUCGCGGACAACCAAUAGCUGGGGGUUUCUACGAGCACGAAUUGUCACGAGUCGCCAAUCCCGUUUAUCUAGUGGAAAAGGUUCUACGUAGAAAGGGUAAUGAGGUAUACGUAAAGUGGCUAGGAAUGGAUAAUUCACACAAUUCAUGGAUACGCAAAACAGAUGUAUUAUAA